CACAUUGUUUCUCUCUCUCUCUCUCUGAUCUCUUUGUCAUAUCUUUAGAAGCUCCAUCAAAUUAAUAGUUCCCACAGUUUCCACAUCAAACCAUAACCAUCAUCACUCACUCACGCCUCUUCCUCAUUCCCUCUCCUUUCUCCUCCCAUUCUCCAAAACACUCAAUUCCUGAAAACAACACCAACGUACAAGAAAAAAUGUCCAUAAACCACUACUCCAUGGAUCUUCCUGAAACAACACUGUUUUGGACUCCUCAUCAGCAUCAUCAACAAAUGGAACCACCACCUUCAAUCAUCCACCAAAACCAGCAACCCACAUGGUUCAACCUCAACAACAACCACCAAAACAACGACGAAGAAGAUGAAAACGACGACGGCGACGAAACCACCACCACCACAACAACAACAACCGCCACACCGAAAGGAGAAACAGAAAACGACGACGACGACAUUAAGGAACCCAUGUUCGAGAAGCCGUUAACUCCGAGUGACGUGGGCAAGCUGAACCGCCUCGUCAUCCCAAAGCAGCACGCGGAGAAGUACUUCCCCUUAAGCGGCGGCGGCGGUGGUGGUGGUGACUCGGCCGAGUGCAAGGGGCUGUUACUGAGUUUCGAGGACGAGUCAGGGAAGUGCUGGCGGUUCCGUUACUCGUACUGGAACAGCAGCCAGAGCUAUGUUCUCACCAAGGGGUGGAGCCGUUACGUGAAGGACAAGCGUCUUGACGCCGGCGACGUCGUUUUGUUCCAGCGCCACCGUGAUGAUGCGCAGCGGCUCUUCAUUGGGUGGAGGAGGCGCAGGCAGGGUGGUGGUGCCGCCGCCGCGGCGCACGUUAGCAGGAUGGUGGGACAUGGCAAGAGCAGUGGUGAUGGGAAUGAGGUUGGUGGUGGUGGUGUGGGCGUGGGGUGGACCAGAGGGUUCUAUUCUGCGCAUCCUUAUCCUGCGCAUCAUCAUCCUUUGCCAUAUCAACAUGACUGUCUUCAUGCAGGUACUAGAGGGUCCCAAGGUGAGAGGCAAAGGACGAGAGCGAUGGGGAACAUGAGUUCUUCAAGUCCUAGUUCAAGUUCAAGCAGGGUACUUAGGCUUUUUGGAGUGAACAUGGAAUGCCAAGCUGAACAUGAUGAUUCUGGACCAGAAUGCUCCUACAAUGGUGACACUGUGCCUAUGAACCAGGGCACAGAUACCAAUCACCAUUUUUAUCAGUACUCUUCUAAUUCUCAUUCUAAUUCCAACCCUCACAUGGUACCUCACCAAUCCUACUACUACUAGAUGUUGGAGAUUGGAUUCUCAAUUGUUUUGUCUACAGCUUACAACUAUGUAUCGACUUGGUUAAUUAUUAUAAUUACUGCUAAUUAAUGAAUCAA